GCAAUAAUCAACAACAAUUGAAAAUAACGGGGAAAACAAAUAAGAAAAAACCACGCAACCAGAAUGCAGAAUAAUAUUAUGGUUGUAUUUGGUGGUGGUGAGAAAGAAAGAUGGGCUAGAAACGACCAGAAAUUUAAGAAUAUUCUUAUUUUAAAGAAAAUUAAACAGUAGUUGCCACCAUACCAUACAUGCACCACCAACAACACAAUGAACAACAAGAGUUAAAAUCGUAGAUCGUAUACGCAUAGAUCGAUCAAUCAUUUUAUCAUAUUUGAGAAUUUAUUUUUAUUGUUGCUAUACUGUAGUUUGUUUGUUUGUUUGUUUGUUUGCUGUUUGUAUGAAAUUGGCAGUAAUACCAGUACCAUAUGUCGAUCAAGACUCGAUAUUCAAUUUGAUUGAAGAAUAUAUAUAUAUUUGUUUGUUAUGUUCCAUAUGGAUUGUUCAUAAUCGAUCACUAUCAAUCAAUCAUCAAUCACCGUUUUUUUUUUUUUUUUUGGUAAUGUUUGAAUCGGAUUUUUGGUUGCACAGCAAGCGAUAGAAAUCCUUAAUAUAUCAAUCAUCAAUCAAUCAAUCAAUCAACAGUGUGAAAAAAAUUUCUUUGAGAAAGGACGAAAAAAUCAAUCAAUGUAUGAUGUUAUUAUCAUCACCGACAUCAUCGACAGCAUUUUCUAUGAUUCAUCAUCAUCAUCAUCAUCAAAGAAGAUUAUUAUCAUCAUUAUUACUAAAUUUCAACAAUAAUAAUAAUAAUAACAGUAGCACAACAUUUAUUGACGAUCCAUCAAUGAUUAUCAUAAAUACAUCAUCAACGGCGACAACUUUAAUUAAUAAUAACAAUAAUAGUACAGCUAUUAAUUGUUGGUCAGAAAAUGCAACAUCAAUUGUUUAUCAAUUGGCAUAUAUUUGUUUAUUGAUUGCAUAUCUAGCACCAACCGGUAAAUAUUGUCUAUUGUUCAUACAUUUAAUAUUGGCCAUUGCUCAUCUAUUAUUGAUUAUAUGGAUAUGGAAAAUAUGUUUCAUCAGUCUUAUGCCUAGUCUAUUAGGAUGGUCAAUAACAUUUUUUGUUGUCAAUAUUAUUCGUAUUGCAAAUGAAUUAUAUAUUACAAGAUAUAUUAAAUUCGAUAAAGAAUUGGAAGAAACAUAUAAUGAUCUAUUCGCUAUAGUAGGUAUUGGACGUGAAUCAUUUAGAAAAUUAAUUAAUCAAGGUAAAUUGAUGACAUUACAUUCCGGUGAAUCGUAUGCAACCGAAAAGAUAACGGCUAAUAAUCGUUUAUCAUUACUUAUAACUGGAAAAAUGAAUGUAUUGUCAAAAAAUCAUUUUCUUCAUUCAAUAAAACCAGGUGAAUUUCUUGAUUCACCUGAAUGGGAAAGCUGUACGGGAACAACAAUGAAAUCAAAAGAUUUACAGAUGACUAAACAUCAACAAGAAUUAUCAUCAUCUAACAUUCGACAUAUGGGGAAUAAAAACAGCAACGCAAAACAAACAGUAAUCGAUAAUGAUAAUCGUUUCAAUGUUUCAUUGAUUGCCAUAACACAAUGUCGUAUACUUUGUUGGAAUCGUAUGGAAUUGGAAUAUUAUCUGGCCAAAGAUAAACAAAUGAAUAAAAUUCUAAACAUAUUGAUUGGCCGAGAUAUAACUAAUAAACUUUAUACGAUGAAUGCUAAUAUUAUGUCGGAAAAAGGAUCAAUUUUGGACAUAAGAUUACCAGUGAUAAUAACAUCGAUGACCAGACAUUUAGAUAAUAAUGAUAAUAAACGAAAUGAACAACAACAACAACAACAACAACGAAAACAAAAAUCCAUUCAAUCAGCA